AUGAGCGAUCAACCAAGCGUAUCCGUUAAAGUGCCUCUUUAUGAGAAGAUCUACCAGUUAGAUGGGUUCAUUGGCGACGAGGAGCGAAACGCUUUACAACUUCCUGAAGGCGUCGACGAAGCUGGACUCUUCGUCACUGUCUACGUUUCCCGAGAGAGCACGUACCCCGGUGAUGCACCAGCUGGUGGUGCGACUCCUCACGAGAACACAGGAGAUCCGAGCGUUGCUCGCGAGGAUAUUGUAGACUGGCGUAAAGCGCGUAUCGUUUGUCGUUUUCUGCUCGUGCUUCUCAGCAGAGAGGAGGUACGUCAUCUUGAUCAGUUGGGGGCGUCUGUGCCCAAGUCGUUGAAGGAGCGCAUCGCCGAGCGCAAUCGCUUUGAGUGGUCUCGUAUUUUGCAAAAUCGUCCGACGUACUUGCACUGGGGGGUAGCCAGGGAUCACCCUGAUGAGUGGACGCUACCCGAGGCGAAAACGUUUCCCCCGGGAACGAUUCGUUUCGAUAAGAUCGCUGUACGCACCGAGUUUCCCGCCGAGCACCCAAGGAUUCGCAUCAACGUACCUUUCUUCGAAUCUGGCAACGAGUUGCGCACGAUCCGAGGAAUCAAGGCAGUAGUCUACCGAGCAAAAGACCACAAAUACUUUAAAGACGGUAGAAGAGAUAUUUUCGUGCCUGUCUGGGACUCUGUGCGGACCUGGGUCAUCGACGGCGCAGGCAUCGAAGAGAACGUUGCAGAGCUUUCGUUGACGGAAUCUGCUUUUCGGACGGCAUUAGGUGUUUCACGCAGUGAUUCGUACAUGUCGCUUUCACGGGAAACAUCCCCGGGACCGGACGCCUCUGGUAGCGGGCGCUCAGCAGUGCGCCGGUCGAUCUCGCUGAGCUCGGUUCGUAAGCUCAAGUCCUCAGCAUCUCUUGAUCGAUUGGUGAAAGCCGGGGCGCCACAGGAUCGCUCAUUAAAGGCAGUGCGCAGGAUCCAUACAGCGGCGACCGUUCUUUUCGAAGAACUGUUUGGGGGCGUCGGUCGCGGCGGCAGCGGCCACCUUGAUGUUGUCGUGGAGGAAAUGGAGCCCCAGUCCGAGUACCACAUUCAUAUGGCGACAGAUAUCAGCGGAUUGGCACUUCACUGGGGAGUCAGCCGCAAGAAACCAGGUCAGUGGGUGCUUCCGCGUCGAGACUGGUGGCCCGCUGGCGUUACCAGCCAAGUCGAUCACAAGGCUGUGCGCAGUGAGUUCGAAGCUGAUCAGGAUAACCCGGGCGUAUGGCGCCUAGAUAUGUGCUUCCGCCGCGAAUCCGAAGAUGACAUUGCAAACGGAGAGUCUUGGUUGCCGUCUGCACUAGUAUUUGUUCUGUAUCAAGCAGAGUACAAUUUUUGGUCGAACUAUCAUAAUGAUAAUUUUGUUGUACCAGUCGCACCGCCGGCGCCCUCCGUUCUUGAGGACGUAUACGCUUCGUAUUUACACACGUUGCAGGAGCAGGAAAAGAUGCUGGGCGAUCGCGCCCAGGGCGAGGAACCAGAAACCCUGCCUGUUGGCACAAUCCUGGGUCUGGAGAGACGCUCGCUCGACGACGAUGGCGAGACAGUUAUUUGUUUCUCCGUCGAAGAGGAUGGCUUCGCGCUCCGAGUUCAUGCUGACUUGUCGCCGCUCGUCAUCCAUUGGGGGAUCGCGCGGCAUCGGGUCACUGAGUUUCUGCAACCCGACGAAAGUCUCGCGGUUGAAACCAAGGGUCGGACCUACCGCUUCGAAAACAAAGCCAUGCGGACCGAAUUCGUGCCGGAUGAGCAUCAUCAGGGCACCUACUAUGCGGAAAUCCACCUGAAGAAGGAGCAUGCACCGCGCGCAGUCACCUUUGUGCUCUUUAAUCCCGAGCUGAAUCGUUGGUACCGCGCUGAGGGCGGCGGCAACUUUGUGCUACGAAUGGAUCUGGAGUCGUUCUCGCAGCUCCCAGGAAGUGUUGGCAAACACGAAGACGUCGCCCAGAAGAUCAUCGAGGUUGAGGUCGAGUACGGAUCCUGGACGCUCAUGCACCGUUACAAUUUGGCGAAUGAUAUCCUACGGAACAGCAUGUCUGCUUUGGAUGCGGAUCUUUUGCAGAUAGUCUUUGUGUGGUUACGGUAUAGCUUCCUGCGGCAGCUGGACUGGCAGCGCUCCUACAACACGCAACCGCGCCUGUUAGCGCACGCUCAGGAGCAGCUCACGACGACGCUAGCUCAGGUCUUUGUCAGUCGUCCAGAUCUCCGGCUCUGGGUGCGCCUGUGUCUCUCGAUGCUGGGCCGAGGCGGAGGCAACGGCCAGCGAAUUCGAGACGACAUCCUGCGGAUCAUGCACAAGCAUCACAUACCGGAAACGCCGGGUCAUUUUAUGGAACAGUGGCACCAAAAGCUGCACAAUAAUACGACUCCAGACGACGUGGCAAUCUGUGAGAGUUAUCUCGCAUUUCUACGAUCUAAUGGCGACAAGAACGUCUUCUAUGAGACGCUGCAAAAGCACGGCGUAACGAAAGAACGUUUGGCAUCUUAUGAACGUCCGAUAUUCGCGGAGGUGCAAACCUAUCCCUGUGACACCAACAGCCUUAUACACGACUUUGAGGAGUACCUUCACGUUCUGAAGAGCGUGCACUCCGGAACAGACCUGGCGGUUGUUCUGGACUAUGCGCGCUGGACGCUUGAUCAGGAGCUCAUUAGCAAGGUUGAGCAUAUCCAGUCGGUGCGAGCGGAGCUCAUGGCGAGUCCACAGGGGGCGCUCGAGUUCUCCUUCUUGAUUGCUGAGGCGAGGAAGAUGCUCCAGAGUACCUUAGAGCACGUCGAAGAUCCAACGCGCGUUCGGGAUAUGCUGUUCCUUGACCUGGCGCUUGACGAGCUCGCUCGCUUGGCCGUCGAGAGUCAGGGGCUUGCCGACUACGUUGCCGAGACCGAUGUCCAAAAAGCCUGCAAUCUUUUGGUGGUUCUAGCACAGCACGUUGGAUGGUCUAUGCUAUCCAGUGCGUUCCUGGAAACCAGUUAUGAUCUUGCGGCGCUGGUGUACGGUAUUCAGUCGGACGUACAAUUGCAGGAGCCAGAUUUCGGUCUCCGCCUCUAUGCGACAAUGGAGCGCCUCAUGGACUGCGUCGGGCAUGAUGUGGUGGAACGGCUCCACCACGACGUGCAACCCAAGGCGGUGUACAUUGGCGUUGGCUGCAACAUCGACCAAAAGGUUGUGACGCUUUUCUCGGAAGAGCUCAUUCGGGGUCAGGCGGCCUUUGCACUGGCCCAAGUCCUUCGCCCGCUCAUGAGGAAUAUUCGCAAGCAAGCUAAUCUCGGAAAUUGGCAGGUAAUUAGCCCGGGAUCAUGCACUGGUCAAGGAGCGGUAUUUGACGAGCUCCUGUCCAUUCAGUACAAGACGUUUGCCGAGCCCACGGUAGCGUUUGUGCGCCGCAUAUCCGGAGAGGAGGAGAUUCCCACCGGCAUGGUCGGCCUCAUCACUACCGACACACUCGACAUACUCUCGCAUUGUGCGGUUCGGGCACGCAACGAGCAUGUCGUCUUGGCCUGUUGUUUCUCCGAGGAGCUUUUUGAUCAGCUCACAGAGCGAUUCCGUGGUGCCUGGGUCGCCGUGCGCUCCCUAACCGAUGGUUCUCUGGAUUUCCAACCGAUACAGGAGGGAGCUGGACGCACCACGGCGGCGGAUACGACGGAUGGAGCAUCCGAACACGCCCAACGUCGAGCGGUAUCCAUGCGCUCCGAUAUCGAGAAAAAGCCAGUGAAAUCGGUGCUUGGUAUUGCGCAGUUCAACACGCAGCGUGGAGGUUCCAAGUCGAACUCGCUUGCCAAACUCAUCCGCGUGAUACCGGACUGGAUUCACAUCCCUCCGUGCGCGUUGCUACCCUUUGGAGUUUGCGAGCAGGUGCUUGCAGAGGCACAGAAUUCUGACGUGGGGGAGCGUUUCCAGCAGCUCAUGGCGGAACUGGACGGAAAGGGGCCUACCGAUGACUGCAGCGCCUUGCUCGCACGUUUGCGGCACUGUGUUCGGCAACUUGCACCGAGUGAUACCUUCAUGAAGGAGUUGCAACAGGUUCUCCAGCACGAAGGUUUCCACUCCAUUGACAACCUCGAUAUGAGGCGCGCCUGGGAGUGUAUCCUAGAUGUUUGGGCAUCCAAAUUCAACGACCGGGCGUUUCUGGCGUUGCGCAAAGCAGGCGCUGUUGGGAAAACCUCAUUGUCCUCGCUCUACAUGGCAGUUUUGGUCCAGGAGGUGGUCCCUGCGGACUAUGCCUUCGUCCUGCAUACGAAGAAUCCGUUCACUGGGGAGCCAUCAGAGAUCUAUGGUGAAUUGGUUCAUGGUCUGGGUGAAGUGCUUGUUGGCAACUACCCAGGCCGUGCGCUCGGAUUUACGUACUCGAAAAGCACGGGUCAAGUGCGCGUCUGCAACUACCCCAGCAAGACCAAAGCGCUUAUUCCACGUGGUGGCUUGAUUUUUCGCAGUGACUCCAACGGAGAGGACCUCGAGGACUUUGCUGGAGCUGGGCUCUUUGAUUCCAUCCUUAUGCAACCAGCCGAAGAAGUUGUCGUUCGUUACCGUGAACUCAAAAUUCUGCAGGACAAAGCUUACCUGGAACGUAUCCUCUCAAAAAUAGGAAAAUGUGGGAUUGAAAUUGAGAGCAAUUGUGGUAACAAACCGCAGGAUAUUGAAGGUUGCAUUUGCGGCGAGGAUGUGUACGUCGUUCAAUCACGUGACCAAGUCUAG